UAGCCUUCAUGCGACAUUCGCAAUCUACACAUUGAUGCAAGCCUCGGUGGAUUUUGCUCUCAGCUAGCCGAGCUCAGGUGGUGCAUACAAAUAAGAAUAAUUCUACACAGAUAAGUCACGAGGUGUCUCGGUGGUUCUAAAGGUAAAGGCUCUCUAGCUCAAUGGGCCAUGGCUUGGGCAAGGAAGUGUAUUGCUAGGAGUUCACUGCUUACGAAGCAUAUAUGUAGACUGCCUGGAAGGCAAGUCCAACAAUGUAUUUGGGCUAGAGAAUGGCAUGGAUUUGGUAUAAGACAUCAUGAUGAAAUGAGACGGUGGCUGCCAAGCUUCACUAACACAAGAUGGAAUCAUGCUUCGGGUGUGGAGCCAGCAGAAAAAUUGAACCCCAGCUUCAUCAUUGAGCAACUGAGUUCUGACAAUGAUAACAAGGUUCUAAAAGUCACAUGGUCUGAUGGUUCAGUGAGUAGAUAUAAUACAUCAUGGUUGAGGAUGAAUUGUCAAUGCAGUGCAUGUAAACAGCCCGAUUCAGGUCAAACGUUAGUCACAGUCACAGACUUUCCUGCUCAACUCACAAUACACUCAUCUUCUCACCAACAUAAUUCAAGUUCUAUAGCAAUAAACUUCAAUGAAGAAUCUAAUCACCAGUGCACCCUCCCUGUCUCAUGGUUAAAGCAGCACAGUUACUCCCCGGCUGACCUAGAGGUCAAAGCAAGGUUACGAGAUGUCAAAUAUCUAGAUAGUGCCAUUGGAUCUUUCAGAUGCGAAGAUGUCAGGAAUUCCGAAGGUGACUUAUUUGAGUGGCUUGAUCAUCUGAAUACAUUUGGGAUCACCAUUUUAAAGAACGUCCCUGUGUGUCCUGAAUCGGUGACAAAGGUUGCCAAUAUGAUCGGACCAGUGACAGAGACUUUAUAUGGACAUACGUUUGAUGUGCAGACGGAGGACAAACCUAUCAACGUAGCGUACAGCUCGGUAGGCCUGGGCUUUCAUGUAGACUUGGCCUAUUACGAGUCUCCACCCGGUCUCCAGCUUCUUCACUGCUUGCAGUUUGAUGACAUGGUGUUAGGUGGAGAGAGUAUUUUCCUAGAUGGCUUCUGUAUUGCUGAGGAAUUCAGAGAGAAAUUCCCCCAUCAUUUUGAGACUCUAACGAGGGUACCAGCCACUUUCCAAAAAUUUCACUUUGAAAGAGCUAAUCCAGCAGCAUACAUCUACCAGAGACCACAUAUCAAUGUAAACAGAACAGGCCAGAUAACUGCAGUUACAUGGUCCCCACCAUUUGAAGGUCCCCUCGCCGUACCUGAGGAGGAUGUAGAACCAUAUUAUGAGGCCUAUAGAGAAUUUAGUACUCAGUUAGAAACAUCAAAUAAAGUGGUUUCCUAUAGGUUGCAGCAAGGAGAUUGUGUUAUCUUUAACAACAGGAGAAUAUUCCAUGGUAGAAUGCAAUUCCAGCAGAAUGGUGGCGUUAGACAUCUAAAGGGAUGUUAUGUGAAUAUUGAUGACUUCCGUAGCAAGGUCCAGUAUCUUCACGAGAAGAGAGGCCUGGGGCAGCUUGCUAAGCGCGUUGGUAACCAGUGUAUGUUCUAAACCUCAUGUAAUUGUUUUAGAAAUAUUAACAUAGAGGAGCUGAGGAUUUGAAAGGGUAAUUUGAAGUGAUUAAUAUGUAUCAUAUUCUGAGUUUGUUUUUAUAUCACUCCAAGUCUGAGAAAAUUAUGUGAUUCUUUGCAGAGUUGGACCUGUUUGCAGUUGCUUUGUAAAUUUGAAAUUAAUUUCACAGUUUGUACUCAAACUUGGUGUUAACCUGCAGUAUUUAUAAGGUAUUAUUGUUUUUGUCCAUAGACUUUGGAUAUAUUUUGGUUAAGGAUGAUUUUCAAAUUAUUGGACAAUUGCAAGUGUAUUCCAAAUCAUUUUUUAAAUUGUUUAUUUCCUUCAUAUAGAACCUUUAUUAAUUUUUUUUUUAGGGGGGGGGGGGUGGGUAGUAGCUGUGAUACAUCAAAGAGUAUCAUGUAAAUGAAAUUGUGUUUGUUUUUCUUCUAUUGUUAUCAUAGAUUCAAUUUAUUUGCUUCAUUUGUCUCUCUGUCUUUUUCUUGAUAUUGUGAUAUUUGAAAAAGCAUACCAGGGGGGUGUUUCACAAAGAUCCUAAGUAGAA